GUCAUUGCUACCAUUCCCCUAAACUAUCAGACAAGAUGUCACAUAUAACACGCCAAUAUAUUCAAGAACUUCGUCAAUCCUUCCAUGCUGAUUUAUCAAAAGACGAUUGGUACGUCGUUUUAACUUCAGCUUUUGCUUCUGCUCAUUUGGCCGUAGAAGCAGUACCAUUAAUAUACGAAGAAGCUUUAAGUCUUUAUGCACCACAUAAUCAACCACAAUGUGAUAAAGAAGCAAUUAAAAUACAAAGACGUAUAAAAGAAUCUCUGUUGAAAGGUGCAAUUAUUUAUGGUAUUCCAAGCGCAUUAGAUGCGAUAGUAACUUGGAUUCCAAUCUUACGAAAAGAAUAUACAGCUGAACCGGGCAGAAACGAUUCUGGAACACUUUUCAGAAAAGAUCGUGAAACCAAAACAAUGGCCGAAUAUGAAAGUGCAGCAAUGAAUCAUUUACGUAUAAUUUAUCAACAUAAUCUUGAUGAUAUUUUUGAACGUUUUGGUCAAGAUGCAAACGAUAUCUUUCGUCAAACGAUUCAUUUUGGCUAUGGUUGGAAUUUGUCUUAUACUGAUAUCCUUGAUUUUUCUUCAACUGAACUUUGUCUCGUUGCUGCUCUUAUCUUGCAAAACUUACGUAUGGAAGUUUUAUGGCACUUGCGUGGCGCUCUUCGAUCGGGAGUAAGUCGGGAUAUCGUUCAAAAUGUACAUCAAGUUUGUCUCAGAAUCGCAAAAGAUGCAGAUAUACGGACAAACAAAGUUCCUACCCUAGAAGAAGUCUCCGAAACUACAAAUGAACUAGACGGUAAGGAUUAGCAUGUCUCAUUCAACAAUACCCCACUUCCGAUUGCGUAUUGUAAAUAUUCAUUCAGAAAAGAUGUACAUCGAUACAUGAUGAAAGAUCAUUGAUGGUUGAAGUGUUGCGUACAGCAUAAGACUAUAUUGAGCAGAGGGAACAGAGAAACGAAACAAUUGGG